AUGUCGUGCCCCCACAUCGGGUCCGCAAACCUCGCGAAGCCGUCGCCUACCGACAAUGUCUACCGCGAGGAUUGUACCCAAUGCUUCGAUUCCAUUGACGACCCAGCUGGUCUGGAUGUCUGCUUAAAGUGCUUUAACGGCGGCUGCGCUGGCGACCGGAAUCACGCAAAGCUCCAUGCCACCUCACGAAACCACCCGCUCGUGCUCAACAUUCGCCGAACCCGCAAGAUCAUCGAGCGCAAUGAGCCGCCUCUCAAGAUGUCCAAACUCGCCAUCGCGGCCGAGACCGAAAGCGAUCGCUACGAUACAACACUUACAGUCAAGUGCUUGGACUGCGGAAUCGACAACUUGAACAAGGAAGAUGCCACCAUCGCCCCCGUCAUCGACGCCGUCAUGAAGGCCAACACGUUCUCGCGCAAGGAGGAGGUCAAGGCUUGGGAACAAGAGCUCACUACCUGCGAGCACAUCUUGACAAUGCAGCAAGGAGAGCCUCGCAAGAUUGAGUCUCAGGAUCUGGGCCAUUGCUCCAAGUGCGACUUGAACGAAAACCUUUGGCUGUGUUUGGAAUGCGGAAAUCUUGGCUGUGGCCGCGCCCAAUUCGGUGGUAUCAGCGGAAACUCUCAUGGUUUGGCUCACGCAACCGAGACCAAGCACGGCGUCGCUGUCAAGCUUGGUUCCAUCACCCCCGAGGGAACGGCCGAUGUAUACUGCUACAACUGCGACGAAGAGCGCAUCGAUGACAACCUGGGCGCCCACCUGGCCAACUGGGGCAUUAUCCUUGCUGAGCGCGAAAAGACGGAAAAGAGCUUGACGGAGAUGCAGAUCGAGCAGAACUUGAGAUGGGAGUUUUCCAUGACCACUGAGGACGGCAAGGAGUUGACACCCGUUUUUGGCCCUGGUCUGACUGGCCUCAAGAACCUCGGAAAUAGCUGCUACCUUGCCAGUAUUCUACAGUGUCUCUACGACUUGCCCUCUUUCCAACAACGUUACUACAGCGACAAGCUUGGCCCUCUCCCCAGCGUAACAGAUCCUGCCGAGGACCUCGAAACACAGCUUCGCAAGCUUGGUGAUGGUCUUCUUUCCGGACGGUACUCCAAGUCAGAUACCGAUGUCUUUGCUUCUGAGCACACUCCCAACGUCCCUUACCAGAAGGGUCUCCAGCCUUCCAUGUUCAAGCACCUCAUGGGUCGUGGCCACGAGGAGUUCUCGACCAUGCGGCAGCAAGACGCCUUUGAGCUCUUGCAGCAUCUGAUCAAGCUUAUCACUCGAUCCAAGCAUCCAGUAGAGCUUGGUGAUCCCACCCAGCCCAUGCGCUUCGUCAUGGAGCAGCGUCUGCAGUGCCUCAACUGCAAGAAGGUCCGCUACAGUAGCAAUGAGCAGGACAGCGUCUUCAUUGACGUGCCCAUGGAGAAGCUUCCACCCGAGGAGGAGGGUCAAGAGCCCAAGUACAAGCCUGUUACACUCAAGCAGUGUCUUGACAGCCUGACUGCCUCCGAGGUCGUCGAGUUGACCUGUGCGGGCUGCGGAAGCAAGGAUGGGUUUACCAAGCGUCAAGCCUUCAAGACCUUCCCCGAUGUCCUCGUUGUCAAUGCCCGAAAGAUGGCUGUUGUUAACUGGGUCCCCGUCAAGAUUGAUGUUCCCGUCAUUGUUGAUGAUGAGCCCUUUAACCUUGACGAAUACCUUUCCAAGGGUCAGCAGCCUGACGAGGAAGCCCUGCCCGAGGAUGAGUCGGCCAAGAGCAGCGCUCCUGCAUUUGUGCCUAACGCGGAGGCGCUUGCCAUGCUCGAGGCCAUGGGAUUCCCACGAGUCCGUGGUGAGAAGGCGCUGCAUGCCACAGGCAACUCGGAUGCCAACGCUGCCAUGGAGUGGCUGUUUGCUCACAUGGAUGACCCCGAUAUUGAUGUGCCUUUGGACCUCAGUGCCAGCAGCGGUGGUGCGGCUUCAGGGGGCGCUGGCGCGGCUGACCCGGAGAAGUUGGCCAUGCUUGAGUCGAUGGGAUUGUCUGGACCGAGGGCUGUAAAGGCACUGAAGGAGACCGGUGGUGAUGUGGAAAGAGCCAUCGAGUGGCUAUUCAGUCAUCCUGAUGAUGAUGCGGACGCUGUUGAAGAGGAGGCACCAGCUGGCAAUGAGGGCCCGAAGAAGGAGGCGGGCAGCAGUGAGUUGCCGGCUAAGUUUCAGUUGCAGUCGAUUGUAUGCCACAAGGGAACGAGUAUUCACGCUGGACACUAUGUUGCCUUCAUCCGAAAGAAGCUCAGCGAGGACGAGACCUCCUGGGUCCUUUUCAACGAUGAGAAGGUGGUCAAGGUGGUGGAUGUUGAGGAGAUGAAGAAGACUGCUUAUGUCUACUUCUUCAAGCGGGUGUAAAUCACAGCAGGGCUUACAUCCAGUUAUUCAGUAUCGGGACGGGCGAGGAGUUGGUAUAAGUGGCAUCGGAGUUGAGCGGGAACAAAGAGAUGUGUACAUGCCUACAUUAACGAAGAUACGAAUACAACGCAUAUGAUAUCUACUCUUG